UUGGUCCAGGGGAAGUUCUAAACCUCAACAACUCAUAUCACACAUUAAUCAUGUAUGUUGUUGCUCUCUCUUAACUUUGACCCGAAACUUGUCUAAACCUCUGCAGCAAUCCCAUUGAUCCGAUAAAAAAAUAGAUAAAAUAAACGUUCCACCAAAACCUUUUGAUAUGGCUAAGCAUAUUUUUGUUUGUACGAAUAAUCUUCUCAUUCAUCCAAAUGCCAAUUUUUGCUGACCCAACACUAACAAUAAGCUUUCUCUGAUGGCUCCUCCUCUUCUGGUGCGGGAGGUUCAUUUCCCGGAACUAAGCAUCCCGAUAACGAUUACCCGGAUGAUUCCUGUCUUGCCUGCAGGACAAAUCCCCGCAUCGCUUGGUGACACCCUCUACCUCUCCAACCUCGAUGACAUUAUUGGUGCGAGAGUUUUCACCCCCACUGUCUACUUUUACCGGUCGAAUGUCUCAAAUCCUGAGACAGCCAGACCUGUCCUGAAGACAAUUUACGAUGCACUGGCUGAUGUUUUGGUUCCCUACUACCCUUUAUCGGGUAGGCUCCGAGAGACUGAAAAUGGGAAGCUCGAAGUAUUCUUUGGGCCGAAUCAAGGCGCUCUUGUGGUUGAAGCUCGCUCCAAGAUGAGAUUAGAGGAGCUUGGAGAUCUCACCGUCCCGAACCCAGCUUGGGAGCCGUUAAUCUAUCAGUUCCUGAAUGAAGAACCCUACAAGAUCCUAGAUAUGCCGCUGGUUAUAGCCCAAGUGACUCAUUUCAGUUGCGGCGGAUUCAGCCUCGGGCUGAGACUAUGCCAUUGCAUCUGUGAUGGGCUUGGUGCAAUGCAGUUUCUUGGAGCCUGGGCUGCUACAGCAAAGCUCGGGAGACUAGUAGCGAGCCCAAGACCCUGCUGGGACCGCGAGUUCUUCCGUGCCAGAGACCCACCUAUAGUAAAAUAUCCCCAUAUUGAGUUCAUGAGGAUUGAUGAUGGUUCGAGCCUUACGAGGAGCCUAUGGCAGGAAAAGCCAGUGCAGAAGUGUUACAAGAUUACGCGGGAAUUCCAGGCCAGUAUCAAGGCUCUUGCCCAACAGGAGCCUGGUUCGUGCACCACCACCUUUGAUGCUGUAGCAGCCCACAUAUGGAGAUCGUGGGUGAAGGCACUCGAUGUGAGGCCAUUAGACUACGAGCUUCGUUUGACCUUCUCGGUCAAUGCUCGGCAGAAGCUAAGGGAACCGCUGAAGGAAGGCUUCUAUGGGAAUGCUGUUUGUGUGGCUUGUGCUGUAAGUAAGGUCUCCGAGCUUGUGAAGGGUAACCUCUCGGAGACAACUUCUUUGGUCCGGCAAGCAAGGCUGGGCAUCUCAGGGGAGUAUCUAAGAUCGACCAUCGAUUAUGUGGAAGUUAACAGGCCCACAAGGCUCGAGUUUGGAGGAAAACUGACUAUAACUCAGUGGACUAGAUUUUCGAUUUAUGAGUCCGCCGACUUCGGAUGGGGGAGGCCAGUGUAUGCAGGGCCCAUAGACAUAACCCCGACCCCGCAGGUCUGCGUGCUGCUUCCGGAAGGCGAUGCUAAGGCUAGUGGGACGAUGAUCGUUUGCAUCUGUUUGCCGAAGGAAGCAUCUGAUAGAUUUAGAGAGUUCUUUUGCGAGAUAAAUUCAACGGAUGUAAUGUGAAUACAUAUAUUUCAAAUAGUUCAGGUCGAAAAUGAUCGAUACAGUCUAUCGAGGAAAUGCCUUUCUUAUGCAAUCAAACACCAUUCCUUGUGCUGUUCUAUUAUAAAUAGAUUGCUGACCCCCUUUCAUUAUAAUAUCUAUAAAUACCACUUGGCCCUUCACAUGCCCUCUCUGCUCAUUGUAGUAUCGAUGCCAAACUCGGAACUUAAGUUCUUCGAUUGCUUAGUUUCUCGG